CGAGAAGCCGAUCGCGAUUGGCCGACAGCGGUGGUCCCUGUGAGACCUGACCGCCUAUUGGCUAAAGCAUGUCGAGACACUGACGCGCACUCUAUUGUUAAUGUGGCGUGCUCGUGAGGAGCUGGCAGGAUGCACGAGGAGGCAGAGAGGCUAAUAAAAGGAUAAAACAACAGAAAAAACAAGCUAGCGUAUUAGAUCGUGUCAUAAAUAAUAACUAGUUUAUUGUACAAUAAAUUUUGAUUUGCCGUGUGAACACAGCGACAUAUAGUGUUGAAACAAAGGGCUGUAAACACAAACAUCAGCUUUGGUCUUCACAUAACUUAAAACACGGUGAGACGUCUGAGUGAAAUACUCCAAGCAAGUGUCGGGCAGCUAGACGAUCUUUCUGUCCAACUUCCUCUCUCUACUCCGGCUGAUGUGGACUGACUCAGAACUGGGCCAACAUGAAGCCAGUGAACUUUCUGGUCACUCGUUGGCUGACCAACUUAAUACCAGUGGCAUCAUGUCUGUGAACCCCCCGAGUAGCAAUGACGCCUGCCUCAGCAUUGUCCACAGCCUCAUGUGCCACCGGCAAGGCGGAGAGAAUGAGGGCUUUGCCAAGCGAGCCAUCGAGAGCCUUGUGAAAAAGCUGAAGGAGAAGAAGGAUGAGCUGGAUUCACUUAUCACUGCAAUCACCACUAACGGUGUUCAUCCCAGUAAAUGUGUCACCAUACAGAGGACACUGGAUGGGCGGCUGCAGGUGGCAGGGAGGAAAGGUUUCCCUCAUGUGAUUUAUGCACGGCUGUGGCGUUGGCCGGACCUCCACAAGAAUGAACUCAAGCAUGUCACGUUUUGCCAGUACGCAUUUGACUUGAAGUAUGACAACGUGUGUGUCAACCCCUACCAUUAUGAGAGAGUGGUGUCUCCAGGCAUAGUGGGUCUUAGCCUUCAGAACACAGCAACACCAGGUGGACUAAUCAAAGAGGAAUACAUCCCAGACUGUAUACAGAUGGACCUUCCGCCUGGUAUGCCUCUGUCUGACCACCAAGCUGCCGGGAAGCUGCUGUCUACAGACCACUAUGGUCAUCCUCUGCCUCCCCCACAUCUACCCUCUGAGCCCCAUGGGCCUCCACCCAUCACCAGAUACACUAACCUGCCUGUCUCACCUAAAGUGUCUGGCCCUGGAUCCAUGCUGCCAUUGCAGGGUGGUCAUAGUGACGCCCGCCUCCAAACGGCAUCUCCACAGUCUCAAGUUAUGACUCCGGCACCAAGAUCUCCAACUCCAACCCAACCACCACCUCAGCAACAGACCCAGCAACCCUCACAACCCCCCCACACACAACAACCUUCCUUACCCCCAUCUCACUCACAUGGACAGAAUGGAUACAGUGGCAAUAAACAUUCUCAGAGCCAGGCUGCCUUUCACAUUUGGACAGGGAGCAGCACAGCCUCCUACACUCCCAUAGGACUCCAGCAAAAUGGACACAGUCACCAGCUCCAUCAUCCAAACCACCAUUGGUCUCAGCAUCAUGGUUCAGCCUCUUUCCCUUCUUCUGUGUCCAAUCAUCCAGGACCAGAGUUUUGGUGCUCUAUCUCCUAUUUCGAAAUGGAUGUUCAGGUGGGUGAGAUGUUCAAGGUGCCAUCUAGCUGUCCUGUGGUGACAGUUGAUGGUUAUGUUGACCCGUCAGGAGGCGAUCGCUUUUGUCUCGGCCAGCUGAGUAAUGUCCACCGCACGGAUGCCAGUGAAAGAGCCAGGUUACACAUAGGUAAAGGCGUGCAGCUUGAGUGUCGUGGUGAGGGUGAUGUGUGGAUGCGCUGUAUGAGCGACCAUGCUGUAUUUGUACAGAGCUACUACCUUGACAGAGAGGCAGGCCGAGCACCAGGUGAUGCUGUGCACAAGAUCUACCCUGGAGCCUACAUCAAGGUGUUUGACCUUCGACAGUGCCACAGACAGAUGCAGCAACAAGCAGCAACCGCUCAGGCUGCAGCUGCUGCUCAGGCAGCUGCUGUUGCAGGAAACAUUCCUGGUCCAGGCAGCGUUGGAGGCAUUGCGCCAGCAGUUAGUCUAUCAGCAGCAGCAGGGAUCGGUGUGGAUGACCUUAGGCGACUGUGCAUCCUGCGGCUGAGCUUUGUAAAAGGCUGGGGGCCUGACUACCCCCGGCAGAGCAUCAAACAUACCCCCUGCUGGGUCGAGGUCCACCUACAUCGUGCUUUGCAGCUUUUGGAUGAGGUGUUGCACACUAUGCCGUUGACUGACCCAGGGCCUGCUAACUGAAGACCAAGUUUAAAUUCCAAUCUAGAUUCUGUGAAUGUUAAUAAUUAAUUUAUGUGUAAAGCAAAUCAGUCAGAAAAAGAAACGACCAACAACAGGAUGCUUGUAACAAUCAAUAGCCACAUCAAUCAUGUUGUCAAACAUCUGCACUUGUAUGUACACACGCACACACACACACACACACACACACACACACACACACACACACACACACACACACACACACACACACACACGAAUGAAACCAAAAGGUCUGUAGCUGCACAGAUAAAAGUGCUGAUGUCUUUGGGAUUUUUCUAAAGCUUUACUCUCUACAGUUCACAGUUAAACACAGGGGAGAGAAAGACUAGACUUUCUGUCUAGACCAGUGUAUACGCUGUAGAAAUCCAGGGAUGUGUUGUAUAGCUCUAUUACCUUUUAUGCAAUUUGGAUUGCUUCUAAUUGUAGGAGUGUUCUGCACCUUCACUCAUGGAAUUUACAAAGACAUGUCCAAAUCAUAUUAUCCAGGAAUCAACAACAACACUCUAAAACAGAUAAUUCCAUACCUCUGCCUCUGGAACAUGCUGUUAGUAAAUUCAGACCAAAUUCAAACAGCAACAGGUUAUGAUGUAAAGAAAACAGUACUGUUUACAUCUAAAUUCCAACAGAAAUAUCAAAUUAAUAGAGCCUAUGUCAUGUCUUAUACCACACUAUAUUAUUUUUAUACCAAACAUGUAAAAAGCCAAAAACAUUUAGCUUUAAAGUAGAAAAGAAACAGUGCUACCCUGUAUCUAACCAAAUGGUUGGCGGAAGUCACCAAAACCACAAUACCUCAUAACUACAGUGCAAAGUCACAGUUUUCCGGCUAAACCGCACACACUUUGUUUAUUAUUUAUAAGGGGAUGUGCUGUCAUGUUUAGAGACAGUAUUGGAUUUGUGGAUGGGUUUUUUUUACUUGUGACUACAAUCUAUUUAUGUAGAUUAUUUUUAAAACCGAUCCCUUCACCUUAACCCCUCAAGGCAGACGGCUCUGGUUCUGCUGAAGGUUACUUCUUCUAGUAAGGGAGUUGUUUUCCUCUCCACUGUUGCUAUUGAAAUUUUAAUUUAUAAAUUAAAAGUUGAAAUUAAAAUUAAUUGAUCUUGCUCAAGUGGGAUUUGCUGGGAUUUCCAUAUAUAGUAGUUUUCUAUAACUCUCAAGGUUACUUUUGUUCUGAAUUGGCACUAUAAAAAUAAAAUUGAUUUAAAUAGAACUGAAAAAUUGAAUACACAAUAGGCUUGUAAAAGAGGCUUGGAGCUCAGAAAACAGAGACAGAGCUUGUGUUGAAAUCUGGUCUUAACCUGUAUGUCCACCUGUGAGGACAUCUCACUAUCACAGUCAUCCCUUGCAGACAUGUAGCUUAGCAGUUUAUUUAAAUCCUGGCUUGUUGUCUACGGUUGGGCCAAGUGUUUCCUUCAAAGGGGGAUAGCUGCUGUCAUUUAGGCCUUUAAAUUGCUUCACUAACACAUUUGCUAUUUUUUUGUUCUAGAAUAAUUUUAUUCUAGAAUUCAAAAUUAUUAUUUUUUUGCCUUUGUUAACUGCUCUGAGUCUCUCUGCAACACUACAACACAGGUGUUUUAUUUAUGUAAUGUUUAUGAAUCUUUUAUUAUUGAUUAAUUGAUUUAGGCCUAUUUUCCAACUCAAUGGACAUUAGUGGAUGUUGGUUGGUGUCUAUGCUUGAACUAACUGGUUCAGGUUUUUUCAUGUUAUUUCUGUAAGAUUAGGCUAUCCAUUCUGAACAUUUUAUUUUUGAAUUUCUGCUUGUGCCAUUUUUUGGUUGAACAUUUGAUGAUCAACUUUUAGUUGCAAAUUUUCCAAAUGUCUUGCAGAUUUUGUUUAUACAGCUUAGCUUUUUAGCUUUACCAAUGAUGACAAGCUACUGUAUCCUGCUGUAAAGGGAACAAAGUAGGACCAUAUCAUAUUACUGUCACCUGGUUCACAGAAAGUGUAAGGUCUUUAUUCUGGAAUACAGUUUUGGUUUGUCAUCGAAUAUAUACAUAUUUUUUUGCAAACUUAAAAUGAGCUGCAAUGUUCUUUUUGAAUAACAAACAUUUAGCCAUUCUAAAACAGGCUCGCACAUAAUUUUCCUGAAUUACUCCUGAAUUACUGAAAGGCACUAAGGACCUUUGCUUUAAAUAAAUCACGUUUAGACUUUCACAUGCUUUUGCACGCAAACAUUUAAGACUGGAUAAUUUUUCACAAUGUAUGUGGUAGAAAUUAUGUAAAUAUCGAAUCAGGUUUAUCAUCAUAUUUAUGCAAAAAUAGAGACAAUUCUACAUAGUUCACAAAGAUUCAAGUGCAACUAUAGAGAUAGAAAACAUUUAAUUGUGACUUUGUGAUUUGUUGUCAUUCACCCAAAAAGUUUGUAAUGUAAAACUAGAACAGACACACACUGUGUUUUGUGUUUUGGGGGGGUUCUUGUAGCUAGUUGCUACUUUUAGCCUAAAUAUUUGUGAUAAUGACUCCCCAAUAUUGAGUGCAGCUAAGUAGAGUUCACAAUCACAGAGUUUAUCUGACUAGAAAAGCAGAACUGUUUGUAGACGACAAAAGCUAACCAUACAUUAACCAUACUCUUUAAAAUGUAUGUGUAUAGAGAAAAAAAACCCUACAAACUUGCUAUAAAGUGAAACCCCAGCACAUAGUCUAUACCCAGAUGUACUGUAUAUAUGAUUGUAGCCUUUAGUUGAUAUUAGGUGAAUAAAUAAUGAGUUCCAAUAAACUGCUCCAAACAGGUUGUCUGCUCAACCUUCAUUCAAGGCCAAGUAGACCAUAAAUCAGAUCUGUGGAUAAGGGGACCAGAUUUGCUGUCUUGCAUUAGACAGGCUCAACAAAAGAGUUUAGUAAAUUCAUACUGUGGGUGUCUAUAUCUAAAGGUGUAGAAAAGUGCCAACAGGUUUACAAUAUGGAGUCUGAAUUUGUGCAGUGAAAUGUCAUUAAACCAUGGAAUCAUAUUUGUAUUCAGCUGCUUUACAAAGAUCUGCCAUUACAUAUACAUAUUUGUGAUUUGUGCCUUUUGUUGUCAAGAGUAGAUGCACCCACACUGGAUUAUUCGACAGACACAAGUUUGUCUUUCUACAUGUCAACAAUUGAUGUUGCACAUUGUAAUUUAGUUUUAUUAGCUCCUUAGGAUUGUUUGCUAGUAUUCUGUGGUUCCCUCAGGUAUUUGUGUAGCUUAUCAAGCUGGUAUAUAAAAAACAGAAAUUACUUUUAAAAAGUGAAUAAUUUUACCUGAGUAUUACUGCUUAUUGCCUUAGUCUUUUGUGAGUGUAAAAUAUGAAUGAGUACGCUUGGCACUAUUUUAAUGGCAUGGUCAACACACGCAAAUCCAUCAUAUUUAUAUGCUCACUGCCCAUAUUCAGGGAAGUAAAAGUGUUUAUCAGAUAAUACAAAAUGGUCACAGUAUCUCCAUCAGAGUAUUAUCUUGACCUCUACAAUCCAACAUCAGUUUUAUCAUUAUGUUCCUUCUGUUUUUAUUUUGUUAUAUCAGCAAUUUGAAUCAAUGGCGAUACCAUGUGCUCUGAUGUCAGAACAGCUUAUUAUCAACAAUUGUAGGCCCAACUCAUGAGAAAGCUCUUCAGCUCAUAACCGUUUAGAAACAUGCUGUUUAUCCAAUGGGAAAAGAGUGCUUUUAAAUAAAAGUGUUAGAUUCACUUUCACUUGAAAUCCUUGAUUUAUCAUUUUUAAAUUUUUAAAUCAUGAUUCACAAUGUCAGUUGUAACAGACCCAAAUUGUCUGUUGGUUUUCAGAGACCUUGAAAAGUUUUAUUCCUAAACGUAGAACCAAAAAAUGCAUCAUAUAUGAUAAAUAUGUGCUGCUGUCCACAUUGUCUGAAGCUGCUGAGACGUUUUGUAAUUAGACAAUGCUUUAUUUUGAGUUGUCAUUUUCAAGGUUCUAUUUUGUAUUAAUGAUUAUAAAAAUAUGAAAUAGAAAAUAUUCUUAUUUAAAUUCAAAUACACCUGAUUUUUGAGUACUAGUCUUUUUUUUACCAUGUUGAGCUAAGAUGCUUUGAAAGAAAUAUCUUUCUCACAAUCAAUGAAAUUGACGUAAAUCACCAGAGUAUCUAAAAUACUUCAUUCUGAUUUUUUUUGUGUGUGUUCAUAUAAAACUGUUUCAUAUGUUAAGACAGGAUCUAAGUCAAAAAAGGUAACUUGAGCAAAUACAAAAUAUGUUGUGUUUUUUUUAUUAGUUAAAAUUUGUUUUUCUGUAACAAAGGUUUACUCCCUAGUGUUGUUUUUUGGUUAGUAUUUGGUACCUUUUGCUUUUUUAGUAUCACAUCAUAGUAGGUUCAAACCAAGCUGAUGCUUGAUACUUGAUGCUUGACAUACUGUAUGAAGUAUUUUUCCUCUCUCUCCUCUCUAACUCUCCUAAAUUCAUUCUGCUGCCACAUUUAACAUUUAACAUAAGACCAACCUCUGGUCAUCUUUAUGGUUUGAUGGAUAGUUUAUACCUCAAUAUAUCUAGGUUUUGCAGGAAGUGUCCACAGGAGUUGAUUAUCUUAUUACAUUAGUGAUUUGGAUCUGAAACUUGCACUGAAUGUUUGCUCAGGUUGACCUUUUAUUGUUUGUUAAUUUAGUUUCAUUAAACUGUUUAGGGUGAGAGUUUUACACAGGACUGUACAUGUGGAAAAGACGAAAAAAAUAAUAGGUCUAAGAUAAAAAGGUAAGAAAAGAUACGAAAAACCUUUGAUAGUCCCGCAGUGGGGAAAUUACUUCUCACAACAGCGGUACUAUUUUGUGGAUUUGAUGCUUGAUGAAUAUUUAAUUUACCUCUGGUCCACUUCAAACGUGAGGUCUAAGGUUUUGCCAGGAAGAAUGGAAAUAGAGUUACUACAGUGACCAACGUAAAAAAACACAAUGUGUUGAAAAUGACUAACCUUGAAGAAAGCUACAGUUUUAAGUGGAUGAUUUAAACAUGUCUACUCUUUCAUAUUUAUUUUUAUAUCUCUGUCAACAGGAAAAAAUAUGACCAGACUUUAAUUAAUACUAUAACCACUCAUGUUUCAUUCAUCAUUCCAGUCUUUGACCUAUUUACCACCUCCCCAAUGUUAAUGUGGUGAAGUAAGAAUGUUAAAAUAUCAUUUUUUAGGUUUUACUUUUUUAUUCUAAAUGUGUGCUUCUCUUGUAAUGUUGGCUGGAUGUUAAAAGAAAAUAAAAACUUACUGAAGUUGC